CCUGACAGAAGGCGUGAUUAGGGCAGCAGGAUUGUGGAUUUUGGGAGGCAAAACAUUAAUCAGUUAAGUACUCCACAAAUGUGUAACCUGCCGCAGGCUGCGCGGAAAGCAGGAAGAACAAUUCAUGGCUGACCUGCCACUUGAACGCCUUAAAACCUGCCCUCCCUUUACAUAUGUGGGGAUCGAUGUAUUUGGUCCCUGGUCCAUCUCUACCAGACGCACCAGAGGAGGACAGGCAGAGAGCAAGCGGUGGGCCAUCAUGUUCAGCUGUAUGAGUUCAAGAGCAGUGCAUAUCGAGGUAAUCGAGGCUAUGGACACAUCUAGCUGCAUAAAUGCCCUCAGACGCUUCUUUGCACUCAGAGGCCCUGCGAAACAGCUCCUAUCCGAUUGUGGCACCAACUUUAUUGGAGCGCGCAAGAAGCUUGGGAUGGACAAAAGGCUGCAGAAGUUCCUCAGUGAGCAAGGAUGCAUCUGGGAAUUCAACCCGCCACAUGCCUCCCAUAUGGGAGGCCCUUGGGAGCGCAUGAUUGGUGUCGCUAGAAGAAUCCUUGAUUCAAUGUUUCUCCAACAUAACACUCGCCUAACCCACGAAGUUCUUUGCACACUGAUGGCUGAGGUCACGGCCAUCAUGAACGCACGUCCACUCCUACCUGUCUCUGCUGACCCGGAAAACCCUUUCAUACUCUCACCGUCAAUGCUUCUUACGCAGAAGACUGGAGCUCCACCCCCUCCAGGAGAGUUCUCAGGCAAGGACCUUUACACAAAGCAAUGGAGACAGGUUCAGGCUCUUGCAAACCAGUUCUGGACCCGCUGGAGCCGUGAAUACUUACCUUCCCUGCAACACAGACAAAAGUGGACAGUACCUCGAAGAAACCUUGAAGUUGGAGACCUAGUUCUACUCAGAGACAAGCAGACUGUCCGCAACUGCUGGCCUAUGGCUAGGAUCACUGCCACCUUCCCUGGAAACGAUGGCCACGUAAGAAAGGUCGAGGUGAAAACAGCUGACCAGGGUAAUGUGAAAACCUUUCUUAGGCCAGUUGCAGAAAUUGUUCUACUUCUGCCCAAAGACUGAUCUAGAGACUAAUGUAUUGGACUAACAUAAAUUCUUAGUGACCUCACACAGGUCAGGCGGGGAGUGUG